UAGCCCCUAGAAACGGAUGCUGAUCGAUUCAGACGUAGACGACCAGGUACUUAGCCAUUACAAACAAAAACGCUUGUCAGAACUGAAAAAGGGAAUUCCAAUUCCAUCCAUCACUUCUCGCCAGUCACUUCUCAACACCAUAACAACUCAGCGUUGUAUCAUACACUUUCAUAAUCCUGAAUUCGCUCGUUGCCAAAUAAUGGACAAGAAACUUGCAGAAGCCGCUGAUAUCGUAGGUGAUAUAAAGUUUUACAGGGCUGAGGCGCAGUUGUUUGAGGAUGUGUGUGAGUAUUUGCAAAUUAGAACGCUGCCAUUCCUAGGAUUCUUCAGGGAUGGGAAGUGUGUGGAUGGAAUUGUGGGGUUCGAGGGUUUGAGUGGCGAUGAUUUUAAGGCAAAUGAAUUGGUUAAAUUUAUAAAACGCAGUGACAUCAGCAAGUGAUUUGGUUGUAUGGAGGUGAAAGGGGAUGCUACGAUAAAUGCUGGUGUGAUCGAGUCGUUAAGCUGUGUGCCAAGUGAUGAAAUGAUUUAUGUCGUGUUUAUCAUGGUUCAGUGCUCUACCAUGGCAUUGAUACCAUUUGCAGGUAUCGAUUUAAUUCCCGUGAUCAUAGGUUAAAAAGCGUAUGGAUGCAGAGCAAAAUUCUUGUAUGAGAGAGGAAUUGCUAAUGUUGUGCUCGUAUCGCGGUGCC